AUGGAUAGUUUCCGGGUCUGAGGGGGUUGUGAAACUUUUCAAGUCGCUCUUUGUUUUCUAUUUGGGCUGUAUUUCUCUGGCUGGUUGCUGAGAUGAAUCGUUUGUUCGGCAAAUCGAAGCCUAAGGCGCCACCUCCGAAUUUGACGGACUGUAUUGGCACGGUGGAUAGCAGAGCAGAAUCGAUUGAUAAGAAAAUUUCUAGACUUGAUGCAGAGCUGGUGAAAUAUAAAGACCAAAUGAAGAAAAUGAGAGAGGGGCCUGCAAAGAAUAUGGUAAAGCAGAAAGCCCUGAGAGUAUUAAAACAGAAACGAAUGUACGAAAACCAACGGGAUAAUCUUGCCCAGCAAUCUUUCAAUAUGGAACAAGCCAACUAUACUAUCCAGUCCCUAAAAGAUACAAAAACAACGGUUGAUGCUAUGAAGCUAGGAGUGAAGGAAAUGAAAAAAGCUUACAAGCAAGUAAAAAUUGAUCAAAUUGAGGACCUGCAAGACCAGUUGGAAGAUAUGAUGGAAGAUGCUGGUGAAAUUCAGGAAGCAUUAGGUCGUAGUUAUGGAACUCCAGAGAUAGAUGAAGAUGACUUGGAGGCAGAACUAGAAGCACUGGGUGAUGAACUUCUAGCUGAUGAAGACAGCUCCUAUCUUGAUGAAGCUGCAACUGUUCCAUCAAUUCCAGAGGGAAUGCCAACUGAAGUGAAAAAUAAAGAUGGGGUACUGGUGGAUGAAUUUGGACUCCCACAGAUUCCUGCAACAUAAUUAUGAAGUUCCAAAGGAAUGUUGUUUUUUAUAUUAUACAUUUCCAAGCAAAAACAAUUGAGGGGGUUGAGUCUAUACUUUUGCAAUAUCACGUAAUAACACUAUGUUAUGAAAUAAAGAAUGAAUGAUAAUUUUUAGGAAAUAUUACAGCAUUAAAGAUUUUUUAUUAAUGCCCAAGAAAUUAACAUUACUUUUCUUUCUGAUAUAUUCAGAGUUCUAAAAUUUGGUUUUGUUGUGUAAAAGUAGUACAUAAAAUACAGCUUUUUUGUUAUAGAUUAUUGUGCUUUUGCAGUGUCUUCUAAUAUGUCUCUGAAUCUGUUUCUUUGCAAAUUCCUUGAUUAAGUAGGUAAGAUUAUUGGAUUUAUUCACAUCAUUGUUUUUAUACUAGAUCCUUAUCCUUAUCCUUGCAAGUUCCUCUCAGUAUUUUGUCCUAAAGAUUCUUCAAAACAGAAAUCUCCUGCUGACCUAAAAGAGGUGGUGAUGUUACCAACUAUCAGCCAGGGUCCAAUAUUCUGAAUUUAGCCAAGGUGGGACUGCAGUUUGAGUAACUAUAAUGUUAUUUGUCUUCAUCCAUUCCUGCCUAGUAGAUAGACAAAAUCAUUCAGAUGGAAAUAUUAUACUGUGAGACACAUAAGGCACUGCUAUUCAUUCAUGGGGUGGUGAGUUGGACUUGCAAUCUGAUUGAUCCAUUUUCUUUGUGUUACAAGUAUGUAAUAGUAGGACUUUUUAUUUGACAUCUUGGGAAUUAUUGUGCAUUUAGUAAUAUUUCAACUUGCUAGUCUGCUCAUUGAAUGCAAUAAAAAUACUGAUUCUGA